AUGGCGCCGACGCGGCUCUACGUUGGCAACCUGCCCAAAGAGCGUCCAGUCGAGAGAAAUGAGCUGGAGGAGAAGUUUGAGAAGUUCGGCAGGGUGGUAGACAUCUGGGUAGCAAGGCAGCCACCAGGGUUCGCUUUUGUGACCAUGGACGAUGAGAACGAAGCGAAUGAAGCCGUUAAAGAACUCGACGGCUCCAAGGUCGGUGGAGAGCGCAUUCGAGUCGAGGUGUCGAAGGGAGGAGAGCCUCGGCGUGGCCCACCUCCACGACGCGGCAGCAGGAGUCGCAGCAGGCGAGGGGGAGGGGGAGGAGGCGGCCGCAGAAGAAGGAGGCGAACUCCUAGCUACUCUGACUACUCCUACUCGGAUUCCCGAUCGCCUCCACGUCGACGCAAGAGGCGCUAA